AUCAUUUCCAAGAUGUCGUAACGACGUUGAGAUAAACAGUGGGAGGGGAACAUUUACAGAAAUAAAUAUGAAUGGUUAAUUAAAGUCAUGCCACCGAUAAAAUAUACAUAGAUAUAUAAUAAUAAUGAUUAGUGCAUCGUUUACGAUAAUCAUUAUCGGAAGUAAUGGAGGAAUAAGCAUUAAACUAUCGAGACAUGACUGACAUAAGAAAAAUGUCUAAGGUUUGUGGAGUUUGUGGUGAUAAAGCUCUAGGUUUUAAUUUCAGUGCCAUUACUUGUGAAUCUUGUAAAGCAUUUUUUAGAAGGAAUGCCUUAAAAAGAAAGGAAUUUAAAUGUCCUUUUAAUGAAAAUUGUAAGGUGGAUAUUAUUACACGAAGAUUUUGCCAAAAAUGUCGUUUAAAAAAGUGUUUCGAGAUUGGCAUGAAAAAAGAAUGGAUAAUGUCCGAAGAAGAAAAGCAAAAUAAAAGAGCAAAAAUUGAAAAAAAUAAAAGUAAAAAAAAAUUAUCCCGUAGAAAUUAUAAAUCACAUAAUCCCAAUAAUGGUGCAUCCAGAGAAAAGUCCUUGUCUAGUCCAUUAUCUCCUAUUUGUGUUUCUAAUGAUAAAUAUAACUGCAAACUACAACAAAGUUCUUUACAGCAAUCUAAAGAAUUGACAGACACAAAAAAUAUAUUAUUUAAUAAUUCAUCCAGCCAUCUUACUUCAAUAAAAUCAGAAGAUAUUAAUAAUGAGAUUAAUAGUAGUCAUAUACCUGUAUUAUCUAAUAAUUCAUCAGAUACAGAAGUGAAGUCAGAUAAUUCUAAUUUAAAAAUUAAUGAUGAUCAUUUCUCAAUUUCUUCUGAUUCUACUGAUACAUCAUCAUGUGUGUCUAAAAAUACUUCAGAUGAAAAUAAAUUUUUUGAAAUAUCUCAUAUCAAACCUGAAAUUAUGUGUAGAAUAUCAAAUGAGAUAACAGACAUGAGUGUUGAAUUUGAAAGUCAGUCUUCAUUUUCAGGAUCUCAUCAAAUUGUCACUAGUCUUUUAUCUGAAAAAGAUGAUAUUUAUGUUCCAUGUUCGUCUCAAACAAACAGAAGUUUAAAUUUGAGUAGAUCAGAAACAAAUACAAAAGCACUAGGCGAGUUAGAGACUAAUAAACUUCAAGAAUUAGUGAUGGCUAAUGAAAUUUUAAAAAUGCCAUUAUCAUGUUGGGUGCCUGAUCCAAAUUUGUUAGAUGUAAUCAAUAUGACUGAUCUUGCAAUUCGUAGAUUAAUAAAGAUGUCAACUAGGAUUUCUGGUUUUAAAAUUUUAUGUCAGGAUGAUCAGAUAGCAUUGUUAAAAGGUGGAUGUACAGAAUUGAUGAUUUUGCGUUCAGUGAUGUUAUAUGAUCCAGAAAAAGAAUGUUGGAAAGGACCAGGAGGACCAAAAGUGUCUAUUAAAAUGGAUAUAUUGAAAGAAGCAAAAGGAAAUUUAUAUGAAGAACAUAAAAAGUUUAUAAAUUCAUUUCAUCCAAGUUGGAGAAAUGAUGAAAAUAUCAUGCUUCUUUUAAGUGCAAUAACAUUGUUUUCACCUCAUCGUCCUUGUACUAUACAUAAAGAUGUUAUUCAAAUGGAACAAGAAAUUUAUUAUUAUCUGUUGCAAAAGUAUUUAAAUACAAUAUAUUCAGAAAAUGAAGCUAAUUCAAUAUAUAUAAAGUUAAUGGAUAUUUUAAAAGAUCUUCAUAUUUUAAAUGAAGAAAAUGUGAAAGUUUAUCUUGAUGUAAAUCCAAAAGAUGUGGAACCAUUAUUGAUUGAAAUAUUUGAUUUAAAACAUUAAAUUGAAAUAUUUUAAAUAUUUAAUUUGAAUGUACUGUACAAUAUUUGAAUUGAACAGAUUUAUUUACACACAAAUCUUAAAAUUGUUCAAAACACUGAAAGCAAUCACUAUUAAAUAUUAAUAUAACUUAUAUAUAUUCAUACUUGGAUGAUCAUAAUCCAUUAACUUCCUGCCACUUAAUAUUUACUGACAUAUUUUUAAUAAAUAAUAUUUAUUGAAUGCAACCUCUUGCCAAGAAUUAAGAUGAAAAAUUUUAUCCUUAUCGAAAUACAAAAGUAUUUAGCAGAACAUAGAAUGAUUGCAAAAUGGAAUUUAUAGCCUUUAAAAUAAUGUAUAUUUUGUUGUUAUUGAUCUUUUGAUUGAUGAUUAAUUCACUUGGAAGGCAGAUACUUAAAUAAAUUUUAGUGCCAUAUCAGUUCAGUUUAUUGAAAUUUUUGGAAAUAAAAUAGCAAUUAGAGCUAUUAAACUAAGAAGAAAAACAAAUAGUAUAUUGACUAUCUGAAAUAAUUGGAAUGAGGAAAUUUGGAUUAAUUUAUAACAACUAAUUAAUAAUAGUUGAAGUAACAAUGAAACAUUUAUGUUCAAAACAAAUAUUUUUGUCAAAAUUUGUGCCUAUAUAUAUAUGUCUUCUGAAUAAUGUUUUAUCUUACAUAAGUUCAAAUUAAAGUUAGUAACUAAUUUUUUUUAUAUAGCUUUAAUAAUAAAUUUAUGUUUUUAUAUAAAUACUUGGAAAAGUUUACAUGGUACCUUUUUUAAUGGUUAUUUGGAUAACUGAUGUUUUACUGUAUUUGUGAUUUCAUUUCAUAGCCUAUAAAACUUACGAAAAAUUAAUCUUUCUUAUAAGCUAUUUGAUACUAAAAAAUGUCAGAUAAUAAUCAAAAACAUCGAAUAUUACUAAUUUAAUUUAUCUAUAUGAUUUGAUUGUUUUAGAUUUGAUCUACUAAUUUGUUUUUAUUUAAUAGGACUUGUUUGCAAUUUUAUGUUGCAUUUUGAAUAAAGUAUGUUUGUAAAACAUACAGGUAAAAGAGAAUUUUGAAAGAUUUAUUUUAC